AUAUAAAAUAUCUAAUAUGUAUCGUAAUAAUUUAAACAAAAAUUUAAAAAAUACUUCAAAACAUCAACAAAUAACAUGUACUAAUUUCAAAAAGAAUUUAGAAAAUAUUAAUACUUUAUCGGAAAAUUCACAACAAAUUUUUAUUAGAGAUACAACAAAAAUUCUAGAUUUAUUUAAAAAUCCCAUUACAUCCUCCUCAAAUUGUAAGAAAAAUGUACAAAAAGAAAAUGUUUCAAUCAAAAAAGAAGAAAAAAAUACAGUUACGAUUGAAAAAGAUAUAUCCAUUAUUACUGAUAUAAAUAAAGUCAUAUUUAAUGUAUUAAUAGGUAAAAAGACUAUGAGAAAACAUAAAAAAUGGGAUGAUGAUGGAACAUUGGAAGUUAUAGGAAAACAUGCAAUCUUAAAAGAUAUAGAAGGCAAUAUUAUCCAUAAAACCAUAGUUAAUCCAGAACUUUUGAUAGAAGGUUUUAGAAUGUACAUAGAUAAUAAAGAAAUUGAGAUAAUUGAUAAAGUACUGCCCAAAUAUAUGCUCAAUAGAUCCAUUCCAGAAAAAAUUUCAGAACCACCUACAAAGAAAUUAAAAACAUCAAUUUCUAAACCAUAUCUUCCUUUAGAAUGUUUAUAUAAAGAAAUAAAAUUGAAAUGCAGUCCAUUUGUAAUGCCAUCUAUAAAUAUUUCACAGGAUUGGACAAAAAAUAUGUUACAAAAUGAAAAAGAAGUAUCUGUAGAUACUUGUUUAGUAAAUGUACUUAGACCACAUCAACGUCAUGGUAUUGUAUUUCUAUAUGAAUGUAUUAUGGGCUUAAAGAUACCUAAUUAUUUUGGAGCAAUUUUGGCUGAUGAAAUGGGACUUGGAAAAACAUUACAAUGUAUUACAAUUAUUUGGACAUUAUUAAAAAAAGGACCAUAUGGAUAUCCAAUAUUGAAAUAUGUAUUAAUAGUCACUCCUAGUAGUUUGUGUAACAAUUGGAAUAAAGAAUUUAAACAUUGGUUGGGUUUUCAUAGAAUAUCUCCAUAUGUUGUAAAUGCUAAAAAUAAACCAAAUAAUUUCAAGAAACAAAUAAGAAAUUCAGUUAUGAUUAUUAGCUAUGAAAUGCUUAUUAAAUAUCAAGAAGAAAUUGAACAAAUAGCUUUUGAUUUAAUUAUAUGUGAUGAAGGUCAUCGAUUAAAAAAUAAUGAUAUAAAAACAACAAAGAUUUUGAGUAAUUUGAAUUGUAAAAAAAGAAUACUUUUAACUGGAACUCCUGUACAAAAUGAUUUGCAAGAAUUUUUUGCAUUAAUUGAUUUUGUAAAUCCUGUUAUAUUGGGUAGUAGUUCUGAAUUUAAAAAUUAUUAUGAAAAACCUAUAGUUGCAUCACAAUGUCCUAAUGCAUCAUGUCAUGUUAUAUCUCUUGGAACUGAAAGAGCUAAUGAAUUACACGAGAAGACUAAAUGUUUUAUAUUAAGACGUACACAAGAAAUAAUUAAUAAAUAUUUACCUUCUAAGCAUGAAUUAGUUAUAUUUUGUCGUUUAUCAGAUGAACAAGAAGAUUUGUAUUCAAAAAUCACAAAUUUAUGGUUUAAUAAAAAUGUAUUACCAAAUAAUAAUAUACCACAUUUAACUUUAAUAACAGCUCUUAAAAAAAUUUGUAAUCAUUCAGAAUUAUUUUAUAAUGAAAAAAAUGAUCUAUGUUUGAAUAAAAUUUCUAUAAAAAAUAUUACAAGAAAAGGAUAUUAUGGAAAGAUUUCAAUUGUACAAACAUUAAUAAGAAAUUUAAAAAAAACUAAUGAAAAAUUAGUAUUAAUUUCAUAUUACACGCAAACACUUGAUUUAUUAGAAAGAGUUUGUAAUAUGGAAUGUUUACAAUUUCUUAGAUUAGAUGGUAAUACAACAAAUAGUACAAGAUCCAAAAUUAUAGAACAAUUCAAUUCAACAAAUGAUAAUAAUAAAGUAUUUUUAUUAAGUGCAAAAGCUGGUGGAGUUGGAUUAAAUUUACCUGGAGCAUCUCGACUUAUAUUAUUUGAUUCAGAUUGGAAUCCAGCAUCUGAUUCACAAGCUAUGGCAAGAAUUUGGAGAGAUGGUCAAAAAAAUGAUGUUUAUAUAUUACGAUUACUGACAACAGGUACUAUUGAAGAAAAGAUUUUUCAAAGACAAAUUAACAAAGCAAAUUUAAGUGAAACUGUGAUAGACUUAAAUUAUUUCUCUUCUAUUAAAUUAUCUACGAAUGAUUUAAAGGAUUUGUUUACAUUAACAACAAAUACAAAUAGUUUAACACAUGAUUUAAUGAAGUGUUCUUGUAAUGGAUAUAAAACGUCGGAAGAAAUAUCAAAAGAAUCACAUCAAGAAAAUAAUAGAGAAUAUCAAUUUCUUAUAAAAGAUAAAAUGCCAAAUGUUAAAAAUUUAACAAUAAAUCAGCUUUUGAAAUGGGAACAUUAUCAACAACCAAUCCCAAACAAAAUAAUUCAAGAAAUUAUGCUGUCAGAAGUGUCUGAUAACAUAACUUUUAUAUUAAAAAAUUCUGUAUUAAAUAAGACAAAAUUAAAUUAAUAAAACAAAUAUUUAUAUUAUAUAAAAAAUAUAUUAUAUAUAAAAUAUACAUAAUGGAAAGUAGAAAUAUUUAAAUUUUGCUUUUAUGUAAUAUAAAAUUUUUUAAUCUUUCUAUAAAAUCAGAAGAUUGUAUAUGUUUUAUAAGUUCAGUACAUUCUUCUGCAUUAACUUCCAAUAAAAUGUUCUGAUUCCAUUUUUUAACUAAAUGUUUAAUUGCUAAUAUAGACUGAAAAAUAAAAUUUGAAAUAAUUAUAUCAGUA